AUGAAGGAACCUUCUGACUCUACACUAGCAGCCACAAAGAUCCAGGCUUGGUGGCGGGGCACCCUGGUACGACGCAUGUUGCUACAUGCUGCCCUGAGAGUUUGGAUCAUUCAGUGCUGGUGGAGGAAGAUACUGGCCAAGCUGUUGGAGAGGAGACGGCGGACGAUGCUGGAGUUGAAUACAUGGCAAAUCUGGGCCUGUGUCAAGCUGCAGGCCUGUGUUCGAAUGUGGCUCAUCAGACUGCGAUACUGUCGUGUGCUCAAUGCUGUCCGGGUCAUCCAGAUAUGCUGGCGCUGGCAUAGUUGCCACACCCUUGGCUUUUUCCGGGGAAAUUACGAGAUCACAGAAAAUGAGCUAAAACUUCAGAUUGACAUUUUUCUGGGAUCACAGAUUUGUCGGAUCACCGAUUCCAUCCCCUUCCCAAUAAAGAACUGA